ACCGCGAGAUCGAUUUGUAAAUUUGCACGUGUUGUAUCGUAGACUGCAAAACAACCAUUAGCCAUUGCCAGUCAAUAGCUACGAUAUGGAUUUAAGAAAACCGAUUUACAUUCUAAUUAGUGCAUUUUGUUCACUUAAAGUGUUAUUAACGUUCGCGACGGCGAUGUGUGUAUAGUUAUCAGCCGCGUCAUUUGAUUUUGUUUACCUGCAGAUAGUUAGCCGUAGAUACAAUGUCGCCUUCACCGAUUCGGUGCCGCGGCCCCUGGAAAAUCCACAAGCGCUCGUCUGAGCCGGACCGCUGGCUAGACGAGAUGGGGUUUUUCAGGAAGCACACGGCUAGGGACUCGAGUUGCCUGUUCAGGGCCGUGUCUGAGAACAUCUUCAACACACAGCGAUACUUCCACAAAGUUCGGCUCGAUUGCGUACAAUUCAUGGCUUCACAGAGACAUCUGUUUGAAGGGUCAUUGACUUGUCCUUUCGAAAAUUAUCUCAAAGAGAUGUCCAAUCCUUCUGAGUGGGGUGGACUCAUUGAAAUAUCUGCUAUGAGCCACUUGUAUAGACGCGAUUUUGUGAUAUAUGAAGCCAACAAAGGCCCGCAAACAAAGAUUUGCAAUGGUUACGGAGACACCAUAUUUCUGUUCUAUUCACCCGACACCAAGCACUUUGAUGCGGUGUACACAAAAGAAUUCAUUAAUACAUCCUCGUUUUGUCAAUCACUAGUAUAUGAAAUACUUUAUGAUGGAGUGUAUCAACUGAAAGACCUGUCCUAUGCGGUGGAUAAAAUGCUCCAUGACAAAAUGCCCACCAAUCACAUUGAGUACUUCAUGUCCGAGAAUGUGGAACGCCGCAAAAAGAAAGAGAGGGCCAAAAUCUUCAUAGAAUCAUCCACUGAGGAUGACAAGGACAGGAACAAUAAUGCAGUGGCCUUGAAGUGUAUGCACCACACUGACAAUCUAGAAAGAUCCAGCUUGUUGAAGGAAUCCUUGAGCAUAUUUGUGUUUAAUCGAAGCCUCAUUCAGCUUGAAAAUGUCUGCAUGAACUGCCUCAAUGUUAACAGCGCUAAGGACUUACUUGACAAUGGUAUAACACCAUUCCCGUACAAGGUGGCUAAAGCUUUGGAUCCGGAUAUAUACCGAAACAUUGAAUUUGAUGUUUGGAGUGAACUCAGAAGAGAGUUGCGUUAUGGGACCAGAUAUUCAGAUGGGACAACUCUUCAAGUUGGCGUGAAAUGCUUGUGUAGGUUGAAAGCGGAUCAGCGUGAUCCAUACCACUGUCAUAUCCAGGAAAUGCGUCCGGACGGAGGGCCUUGCCUAGUGUUCAUUGAAGAGAUGGGAGAGAAGCGAGUGGUUAACUAUGACCAGUUGGAGCCCCUGUCAGUGUCUGAGGCUCGGCCGUGGGCGCCGCCUUUUCGAUACUCGCGGGCCAGCCACCUACCAACAUUGAGCCAAAUGUUGCAACAGAUAGGCAACAUCACACGCAAGCCAGGUCUUACCAAGACCCGCAAGAAGGCCGACGACCCUAAAAGCCCUGAGAAGGCCAAGAGCCCCCCAAAACUGCAGUGGACGGAUGAAGUACUGGAGGAAAACCAAUACCAGACGAAUAUCAAUUUUUCUACGUACCAACACUUGGAUCUUGCAAACUUUCAACCGCUGUCUGUUGAAGUAGAAGCGCUGCCCCUGAUGGUUGACUGCCGGCCCGGCGCCGCCGCGCCGCACGAGCUCGCCCACUCCAACGGCGACAACCAUGCCUCCGUCAACCAGAGUGUGGGCGAGGGGGGCGCGCACGGGCACGCGCACGGCGCGUCGCCGCCGGGCCCGCGCACGCCUGCGCCCGCGCCGCCCAUGACGAGCUACUCGGUUCCAAUAGUGGGCGGCGGGGUCGGGGUGGGGGUGCCGGUGAGCUCGGGCGCGUACGGGUACGGCGGCUGCGUCAAGUCGCUGGUGUGGUGCGCCUCGCCGCCGCCGCCGCCGCCGCCGCAGCCGCCCGUCAACCCGCACGUGGUGAAGAGCGUGCAGCCUAAUGGCGCGGAUUUGCCUAUGAACGAUAUCCCGACGCUGCGCUACUACUUCAACCUGGGCGUGGAGUGCAUGUGGGCCGCCUACGGCGCGCCGCCGCCGCCCAGGCACUACUCCCCCAGGGACCUCGCCAUGGACAUGCAGCAUAUAUCCUUGCAAGACCGAGCACCCAGUGGAGGGAACAAUCAACAUGAACACAAGCACAAGUCCGACAACAACAAGCCACCCAUGCAGGGCAAGGGCAACGGACAGCGACCAUUGCUAGGACCCAGAUUCAAACGCGGGAAUCAAGACGGAUCAAUGAACAACCACCAGAACAAGCCGCACAACAACAACGUUUCCAACAAGGGACCAAAUAACCGCCGCAGCUCCAUGGGCGAGCCGCGCUACGAGGAGGCGGGCGGGGGCGGGUGCGGGGGCGGGGUCGGGGGCGGGGUCGCGGGGGUCGCGGGGAGCGCGGGCGGGGAGCCGGCGCUAGUGCCGCUGCCGUACAUGCCGUACCCGCCGCCCAUGUACCCGGUGCCGUACUACCCCGUCGAGGACCCAGCAAUGCUGGGCAUGAUGGGCGGCAUGGGCUACGUGAGCUACGAGGAUUCUCUCCCGCACUACUACCCCGCGCCGCACUACCCCCCACCCCUGCCCCACCCCCACCCCCACCCCGCACUAACACCCCCCAACAUGCCCAACCUCGCCAUGCACGAACAUCACAAGUAACUGCCACGAGUAACCAUCACAUGAUUAGUGUUGAAGCCUAAGGUCAGUCCUGCUGUUUACCCUUUCACCGCCGAAGACGUCAAUUGACGCGCAUUCUAUAUCACCUGCUCGUUCACUACAGAGAGUGCUCAGUUCCUUUAGUUCAGUUCGGUCGUUGAACUUGUUGAGAGUCGGGAAUGAAUAGGAAUCGAUUUUGCAUUCGAUCUAUUCCAAUCUUUGGUAACUAAAUUCAAGUUGUACAUGAUUAUGUCAAAAAAAAUGAAAUAUAUAGAAAAAUAUAGUUGGUCAAACCAAAUUGUCAGUAAAUAAUAACAAAAAAAAAACUACUCAUCCUUUUCUUUUGCGUGCUAGUACUAGUGUAAGACAAAUAUAGUAUGAUUAUCUCUGUCUAUGUUUGAAAUGAGACAGUCCUUUGACAAACUAUAUUUGAUUUUCCUUCAUACUUUUACAUACACGUCGUUCUAUGAUCUCGUUCGCACUCGUGCUAGCGAUAUUGUGAACCGUUUCGUUCCGUCCGUUUUCUGUUUCACUCAAACGCUCUCCAAUCCCACUGAGCUAAAGGAACUAAAGACCGAUUAAGAGCACGCUGAAAGAUUUAGUUCAUUUCGGUCCUUCACGGGAUUUCAUUUUUAACAUUCUUAACAAGUUCGAUCUUGCUGUUUGUGAGGUACACUCAACCAAUUUCAUUCAUUCGCCACUAUAGAACCGCGUCAUAAUGAAUCAGUUUGUCUUCUACGAAAGUGCUUAUUGAGUGAUGUAUGUCAUGUGUAGUUAAAGUUCUAUAGUGGCCUAGGAAUCAAAUUAGUUGGUACGUACAUAUUUGCCGACAGUUUUAACGAUUUGCGAACCGAUGGCCCACAUGGCCACAAUCGUGCUAGCGGCUUUUUUGUGAAAUCCGAAAACAUUUUAUGAAGCUAAAAUUUACAAUAUUUGAAACCAACAACAGACUAUAUCGCUCAUAACUAUCAGUCAAACACGUAUCAUACACUGUUUUACACCAACAAAUUUAUAGCUUUAUAAAAUGAAAUCCUGGACGCACCUUUUGAAGUCCUAGGCCUCAUAGGGUGUUUUGUAAUGUUUUAAAAAAUAAUUACAAUACUGUUUCAUAAACCAGGGUUUACCCAGACUAAUGACAAGGGUUUCAACACUAUGAUUCUGCCUCAUUUAAACGAAGGGCAUCCUCCUGACACCUAAAGUAUACUUUAUCCUUUUUAGUGACAACAUCAAAACACGAACUAUUUUCUAUUAUAUAGUCACAGAAUAAAUAAUAGUACCAACUAGGUAAAGAAGGUUCACUCUCUAACAAAACGCGUCUAUUACGAGAGAUACAAGCGCAAGCGCGAGCAAGUCCCAGUGGCUAGACACCAAAAUUGGUGUGGGCCGCAUGUACUUGUAGCGACGCGAAAAAAUCGCGGAAUGAGCCACACAUGCUAUAGUGUUCGAAAAUGUAUCCACUUUACAUUGCUCAAUUUGAUUUCAAAACAAACGAAAAUGAAAACGAUUUCAACAAUAUUGUUUAAAUUUAAAAACACGUUUUGUAUAUUUAGCGUCAGGUCAGGAGGCUUAAAUGUAUUCCAUAAGUUACAUAAAGUAUACUCCCAAAGACUAAUGAAGAUCUACCUUAAAAAUAUCCCUGUAUUCGUUUUUAUUCUAUAAGUAACGUAUCUUACAAUCUUUAUACAGAAUGACAUUGAAAACGUGUUGAAAACAAUUAUUUCAUUAAUCUAAAGUUAUAUUCUGUAAUAUUGUGUACUAUUGUUGACAAUAAUUUUAAAAGAUUCGUUCUCGAAAGUGAUUUCCGAAAUUCCGACCACAUAUGUCAUCCUGUAUAAAUUAUAGCAUAAUUAAACGUUCGUAGGUAACACUCAAUUGUUCAUAGUCUAGAAGUAGCUUAUAUAAGUGUCGUGAUAUUGUGAUGUAUACAAACCCCUCGUUCGAAUUAUGUCAAUUUUAUUAACUGCACAUUAUAGGGUUAACUUAUAUGUCACUACGAAAAGGAAUGCUGUAUAGCAAGAGGGCAGGUUAUCCCUUCAAAUUACAUUUUUUGGCAAGGCAGCUGUAACGAAGUUCAGGGAGGUUCACUUAUUGGCGUAUUUUUUAAAAAAUGUGAAACUAUUACUUUAUAUAAAGUCCAAAAAAGGUAAAUUUAGCCUAAUGCUCAAAUGAAUCUCAACUAUUUAAGCUUACUCGAUUAUUAUAACUGAUCAGAUUGAUAUCUAAAUCAGUAUAUUGUAGAUUACAUGAAAUAUCUUGCGAAAAUACUGACCAGGGGCCUGUUUCUCAAAACCUUGUAACUUGUAAUACAAGCAGGGGCCCGUUUAUCAAAAGCUUGUAGCUUGUAAUACAAGUGGAAGUCCCUUUCUAACACAAGCUGUCAAAAAAGGACUUCCACUUGUAUUACAAGCUACAAGCUUCUGAUAAACGGGCCCCAGAUGUCACUUAUUGACAGCUUUUGUUAGAAAGGGACUUCCACUUGUAUUACAAGCUACAAGCUUUUGAUAAACGGGUCCCUGGUCACAUGUAUUAAGCAUAGUAGAAAAUUACAUCUGUUCAUCUUGCCGAGCUUGGCGCGACUCCAUAUUUUAUGUCGCGCAACGUUUGACAAGAUAUAUGCUAGACGUUUUUGGAAAUCUAACGCAAAUAAGUGAACUCAGUGCAAUGUUAUGUUGACAACGAAAUGCUCAUCGAAUUGGUAUAUGGUUAUUUGUGACUUUGUGAGUCGUCUUAGACGGACGACCCAAAUGAGGCCCUACGAAAAACGAAGUAUAAUUCCUCUUUAUUAUUCAACACGUGUGGAGAUGGGAAUAAGGAAUACAUUUUUGGAAACAGCGGGUUUAUUUCCAGAAUAAACCAAAUUGCAACUUCUAAUGGAUAUCGUUUUUCAAGGUGCCAAAAGCAGCAAGCUUUCGAAUCGCCUUAGCCGCCGAAAUAUCACGAAAUAAUUGCUAAAAUCAUCAUAUUUUGUUAUUUAGAAACCUAACUUUUGAACUAGCGAAAAUAGGCACUUUUUGAAGUUAAAUAAAUAUUAUAAAGGAUGUAAGUAUUAUAAAACUUUUUAAUAGCCUCCAAAUAAUCAAGAUGGUAUGUAAGCACAGGUUCGAAAGCUUGCAAACUACUACGCCGCGUGAUUCUUGGAACAAUGUCAAUUUAUACAAGCUAUUAAAAAAAAAAUUAAAUUACUAAUGUCACGCGUACAGAGAUAUGAUAUGAAUACCCGGCGUAGUUGUCUAGGUGGUGUAAGAGCAAAAAGUGUAUGGACUUAGAACAAAUUCAAAUUUUGCUCUUACCCUAUCAAUCUUUUUUUCUGUUAUUUUGUUGGCAACAAGUCUGUGACGUUUUUUUUUCUUAUAACGCUAAAAACUGUCUUCGACAUAAGCUUUCUGGUAAAAUUUUAGCUAGAUUUAAAAAAAAUGUUUAAUGUCUAAGAUAAUUUUUUGUGUGAUAUACUCUUUCCAAACGUUUGGUUGUAUUUGUGUUUUAAAUGAUUAAUACCUCACUACUCAAGAGUUUAAGAAGGCACAACACAAGGUUUCAUACACUUUAAGUGUCAGAUUUUUUUAUGGAACUGGGAACUUCACGCAGAUGGGUUUCUAAAAUAAAUAUUGAAAACCUGGUUUUCACAGACCCUGGUGCUUUUGGGUUCUUUCAAUACAGAAUCACUAGCAUAUUCAAUCCUGAUGAUAAACAAAUGUCCCAAAAAUUUGUAUGAAAAUUGUACAUUCCACUACGUCACGCACAUACAAAUGAAUUUUUUUUUUCACACUAAAACGUGACGUAAUGGAAUGGACAUUUUGGGACAUCCUUUUUUAAUGGCAGGAUAGAGAAUGCUGUCGAUUCUAAGUAGAAUGAGCCCAAGAAUAUCCAGAUUUGAAAGAAUCAGGUUUUCAAUAUUUAUUUUAGAAAACUCCGAGAUAUACAAACGCUUGGAAAGCGGUCUUGUUGUUACAUUUUGUGUUGUACUUAAAAGGUGUUGUAACAGUUUUGUAGACUCGCACACUUGACAAUGUUUGAUGAAAUCGAACGAGAGACUGAAGGCCACGCCCCACUGAGCCUCCAAAUUUGUUCCGAAUUUAUUAUCGAUUAAGUGUUCACUGGUGCUGCAAAAUUGUCAAGGUUGACAGGGUUUUUGAGAUAUUUUUGUAUGGAUCGGCAUUUAGGACGCGUAGUUUUAGCGUUGUACAUCAUUCCUUAAUGUAAGGUGAGAAUGUAAAGUAAGCCAAUUUAAUUGUAGGUUUUACGCAAAGUUAAGUUUCUAGUGUAGAUUAGUAUUAGCGCGGUUGGCGACCCCUCGCUUCGCUACAAAACAUGUUUUUUAUAGUAUAUGUUUUUACGCAGUACGCCGAAUUUUGCCUCUUUAUGUGUAGUUGUUACUUUUCACUCCAUAGUGAAGUGAAAGUUAAAACAAGUUAAAGUUAUAAAUCUGAAUUAAAAAAAAACAAUAAAUCAGAUUCCAAAGACAACUAGGUUUCGUUAGAUACUACUGCAGCAAGCAUGUGUUGCACAUUUGCGGAGGUACAUUUCAUGCCAUAGAUAAUAAAGUCCUAUUGGAUGCAAAUUUUACUGUUAAGCUGUUUUUAAGCCUGUAUGGGAUUACAUGGCUAUAAACAAUAUUAAAGAAAUGAUUGAAAAUAACUGCGAAGCUGGGUGCCACCCGCGCGCACCUGUACAUUUCGUUCGGCAUUUUAUUAAGUUAGAAUUAAGUCUCGUGUGAACGACAUUUCAAGGCGUCACAACUAAAUUCCAUAGCAUAGUUACACGUUGUACCGCAUUUACGAAUCUCCGCAAUCCAGUAAGUUAGAUUAAAAUCCGAAAGUGUCCUAUUUUGAUCUCAAGUCUUGAUUUUAAACCUCGGUGCUUGGGUAGACAUAUUUUGUAGCAUUUUAAACUAAUGUACGACGAAUUUGAAGCUAGUCCCGGUGUCAAACUCACAUUUUUAAACUAAUUUUCAAAAUACCAGCGACACGUAUCAUCAGAUGACCAGCAUUACCAACACAAAACUACCAAACCAGAUUUCGAAUACCAAAGAUACUCUAGAAACUGGAGAAUGUGAUGGACACCUAAAUGAGAAAUCUGGUGUUUUGCCUAAAGUGCGGUGACUGAACACGAAAAGUUUCGCACGUUGACCGACGUCCUUGACGACCUGCGACAGCAAUAAAAUUGUACGCGAGCGAAAGAGACAGGCCAAUGUACGCAAUUAAAUACUCGUGCUCGGAGAUUGUACUAUAGAAGUCAAUCUGAUGAUUUGGUAUCUGGUAUUUUAGGAGGCCGCAGGCGCUUACGUUGCUCCACUGAAUAAAAUUUAAAAAAGUAUUUUUGUAAAGUUUAUAAGAUUUGGCUGUGAUUGGUAACUCCGGAAGGGUGUGGAGCGACCGGCGCUCGACAAACACGUUUGUGGAUAAUCUAUACACUCCUCUUCGACUCGAUUGACUAAUCUAACUAUCCGCCCACGAUUUUUGAUCCAUAUUUUAUGAAUCCUCCAUAUUUAUGUCUACGACUAUAUAUUAUACCUAAAACAUAUAUAUAUAUUAUAUAUAUAUUAACGUAAAGAAUACGUAACUAAAUCUUAAUUGUUUGUACAGAGCGUUGUUUAAAAAAAUAAAAGUAAAAAAAAUAAGUGUAGGUCUCUUUGUAUAAGUAUAUUAUGUAUGUGUGAUGUUUCAUGUAAAGUCGUUUUGGUGUCUCAGUAUUAGUUUUAAAUCACUAGGAGUUUGAAUUUAUGUUAGUUGUUAAUUAAUGUUUACGUAAUCAUAGACUACUUAGUGUUAUUUUUUAUUUAAGAGUAACUUCAGUUGCUUUUUGCAAAACGCGCAGAGGCGCCAUAUUUUUUGUUUCCGCCAUAGUUAGUAAUGUUUGUGCCAAGAUUUGUGAAAUAACCGACAGAACCGACCAAUACUCAGUGUGACUGCCAAAUAACAAAAUUGUUGUAAUAUCAGUUUAUUCUUACAAUAAAUAAUGUUGUGAAUACUAGAUGUACUUCUGUGUACUGAGCUCAAAGUUCGCGUCCGCUUUUGGGAUGUUUGUAUUAAUUUCUUUCAAAAUUACAUCAAAAUUAAAGUCUACUGAUUUGUAUAA